AUGAAAAAUGAAAAGAUAAAAUUAGUGAGUUUCGAGGGGGACGAAUUCAUAGUUGAUAAAAACACAGCCUCCAUGUCAACGGUUAUACUUAACAUACUUGAAGUCAUGACUCCCGAGGAAGAUACCAUACCCCUCCCAAAUAUAAAGACACCGAUUUUAAAAAAAAUUAUAGAAUAUAUGGAAUAUCAUAUCAAUAACCCAGCUGACGAAAUACCAAAACCUUUGAUCACUUCCAAUCUCCAAGAUGUAGUUUCAAGUUGGGAUUUCGAUUUUGUAAAUACAGAUAAGGAAACCCUGUAUGAACUUAUAGAGGCUUCCAAUUAUCUUGAUAUAAAACCUCUUCUAGAUCUAACCUGUGGAAAAAUUGCUUCAAUGAUGAAAGACAAAACUACUGAAGAAAUUAGAGCCGAAUUCGACAUUGUCAACGAUUUUACAAGAGAAGAAGAGAAGCAGAUACGAGAAGAAAAUAGAUGGUGUGGUGACAUCUGA